UCCUACGGCAUUUGGAAUUCGGAUAGAAGAGCUGCGAGACGCACGUGUUCUAAAAUUAAAGUCGAAUUUUAUAUUUAAUAACAAGUAUUAAUUAAAACAGAAACAAAUAUGGGUAAACCAGGUUUCUCACCAGGAGGUGGUGGUUUUGGUGGAAGGGGAGGUGGUGGUGGAAGAGGAGGUGGUUUUGGUGGAAGAGGAGGAGGUGGUGGAAGAGGAGGUGGUUUUGGUGGAAGGGGUGGAGGCGGUGGAAGAGGAGGAGGUGGUGGCUUUGGUGGAAGAGGAGGAGGUGGCGGCCGUGGCGGAGGUAGAGGAGGCGGAAGAGGUGGAGGUACUCCACGUGGACGUGGUGGAAGAGGGGGUCGUGGUGGAGGAGGUUUUAAAGGAGGCAAAACCGUUCUUAUAGAACCCCAUCGUCAUGCAGGAGUUUUUAUUGCCAAAGGGAAAGAAGAUGCUUUGGUUACUUUAAAUCUGGUACCUGGUUCAGAAGUUUAUGGUGAAAAGAGAAUUAGUGUAGAGGGAGAAAACGGAGAAAAAGUUGAAUACAGAGUUUGGAAUCCCUUCAGAUCUAAAUUGGCUGCCGCUAUUGUCGGAGGCGUUGAUCAAAUUCACAUGCCGCCUGGAAGUAAAGUUUUGUAUUUAGGUGCAGCUUCGGGUACUACUGUUUCACAUGUUGCAGAUGUUGUUGGUCCGGAAGGACUAGUGUAUGCUGUUGAGUUUUCACACAGAUCUGGAAGAGAUCUCAUAAAUGUUGCCAAGAAAAGGACUAACAUCAUCCCUAUAAUAGAAGAUGCUAGGCAUCCUCACAAAUACAGAAUGCUUAUUGGUAUGGUUGAUACGAUAUUUGCAGAUGUAGCACAACCAGAUCAAGCGAGAAUAGUAGCAUUAAAUGCUCAAUAUUUUCUCAAAAAUGGUGGCCACUUCGUAAUUUCUAUAAAGGCAAGUUGCAUAGAUUCAACUGCACAACCAGAAGCUGUCUUCGCUGGAGAAGUAAAGAAACUUAUUGGAGAUAAAUUAAAACCACAAGAACAAAUCACUUUAGAACCUUAUGAGAGGGACCAUGCAGUUGUAGUUGGUGUGUUUAGGCCACCUCCCAAAAAUUCUUCUAUUUAAAUAGUGUAUAAAAUUUAUUUUUUAGUGAUAUGAACAUUUAACAAGAAUGAAAAUAUUGAAUAAUCAAUCGGCGGCGGGCCAUAAGGGAGGUGGUUUCGGGCCCGCCCACGGCAUAUUCCAUUGACCGUGAGCGGAUCCGAGACCACUUCGUGGAGGUCCACCGAGUUAGAGAAGCUGGGGGCGGUGAUCCCGACAUAUUCAUAUUUUAUAUCUGUGAAAAUUUUUACUUAUACUAUUUAAGGAACUUAUUAAAAUAAA